GUCUACACAAGUCUUAGAAUUACGUACGUGAACUGUUCGUCUAUAUGGAAUAUAUAUUAAAUGAAAAAAGUAGCUAAAAGUUUGAAAAAAAGACGCACUCAUGGAAUAAAGAUGUUUGGAAUGUCAGUUUACAUCAUUGUCAUUGUCAACAGUAAAAUAUCACAGUUAUUAAGGUGUGAAUAUUAUCACAGUGCAAUUCUAUGAAUCCUUAUGAAUUUAUUCCAUGUUUAUUUAUAUAGAAAUCAGUGAAAGUUGUUUCCUGAUAAUACUUUCUAUCUUCAUAUAAAAGAUUCUUUUCGUUCUAAAUUUAUUUUGUAAAUAAAUUACAGUAUUAUGACUUUUGUCACCAGUAAUAACCAGCACUCUUCAAAAUGACCUCCAUGAAUAGUUGCAUGAAUGAACAUGUUACAAAUAAUGAUGCUUCUCAUUUACAUAUAAAAAAUAGAACAAGUGUUGAUGGCAAAUUGGGCCGUGAUCCAAAACAUGAAACAAUUAAUCAGUUGGCUAAAGAUACCUUGAAUAUUGAUUUACCCGAAUCACAAAGUUCAACAAAUCGAGCACUUUUUGUAUUCUCAAGGAAUAAUCUUAUUCGUAAAGCAGCUCGAAGUAUAAUUGAAUGGGGGCCUUUUGAGUACAUGGUCUUAUCGACUAUUAUAGCCAAUUGUGUUGUUUUGGCAAUGGAAGUCCACUUACCAAAUAAAGACAAGCGCCCAUUAUCUGAAAAACUGGAAAUAACAGAAAAUUACUUUCUGGGCAUUUUUACAUGUGAAGCUUUUUUGAAAAUUAUUGCACUUGGAUUUAUACUUCAUAAUGGUUCUUAUCUAAGAAAUAUUUGGAAUAUACUGGAUUUUGUUGUCGUUGUAACUGGUUUUCUUACAAUGUUUAUGACGACAGGAAGUGGCGUGAAUCUACGAACGCUGAGAGCUGUACGUGUGCUUCGUCCACUCAAAUUAGUGUCAGGUGUUCCAAGUCUUCAAGUAGUUUUGACAUCUAUUAUCAAAGCAAUGGCACCAUUGUUGCAAAUCGGGAUAUUGGUACUAUUUGCUAUUUUAAUUUUUGCAAUUGUCGGGUUGGAAUUCUACUCCGGAGUCUUUCAUGUGACCUGUUUUGAGCAAAGUAAUCCAACAGAGUUACCUAGUUACAUUCCAGAUACUCCCGGUUUGAUACCUUGUCAGCCUGCUGAUGCACAUACAAGACCACCAGGAGGUUUCAUCUGUCCAGCUGGGUACAUAUGUAAAGGUUAUUGGGAGGGACCGAACUACGGUAUUACAAGUUUUGAUAAUAUUGGAUAUGCAAUGUUAACAGUAUUUCAGUGCAUUACAAUGGAAGGUUGGACAGAUGUAUUGUAUAUGACCAAUCGGACUUAUGGUUCACGUUUUAAUUGGAUCUAUUUUAUACCAUUAAUUGUUAUCGGCGCCUUUUUAUUAAUCAAUUUAGUACUUGGUGUUCUCAGUGGUGAAUUUGCUAAAGAACGUGAGCGUGUUGAAAAACGACGUGCAUUCUUAAAACUACGUCGACAGCAGCAAACUGAUCGUGAAUUAAAUGGCUACCUGGAUUGGAUACAAAGAGCUGAGGAAGUUAUUUUGGCAGAAGAACAGACUUCUUUUAUGCAGAGAUUAAAAAUUAUUAAAGCUAGGAAACGAGCAGAAAAAGUUCGAAGAAGAUCGAAUGAUGCUGAGAAACGCGCUAUAGCUGCUGAGUUGGAAAAUUAUGAAGCAGAAUUAAAAGCGAAGCGGAAAUUUAUGAUACCUGGGACUGAAGCUUUAUUUCAAUAUCAUAAAAGAUUUCGAUAUGCAGUCCGACGUCUCAUUAAAUCACAAAAAUUCUAUAUGUUUGUAAUUGUGCUAGUGUUGCUGAAUGCACUCUGUGUCUCUAUAGAAUUCUAUGGGCAACCAGCUUGGCUUACAGAUUUUUUAUAUUUCUCGGAAUUUAUUUUUCUCGGUCUUUUUCUGUUUGAAAUGAUUGUUAAAAUUUAUGGAUUAGGUUGUUUGAUCUACUUCCGUUCAACAUUCAAUAUUUUUGAUUUUGCGGUUGUUUUUGCCAGUUUGUUCGAAAUUGUAUGGCAAAUUUUCUAUCCAUCAGAUUCAUUUGGAUUUUCUGCUUUACGUAGUAUUCGUCUUUUGAGAAUAUUUAAAAUUACAAGGUAUUGGGCAUCAUUACGCAAUUUGGUCUUAUCUCUGUUAAAUGCAAUGAGAAGUAUACUCAGUCUUCUAUUUCUACUCUUCUUAUUCAUGCUUAUAUUUGCUCUAUUGGGUAUGCAAUUAUUUGGUGGAGAGUUUAAUUUUGAUGAUGGUAAACCAGGCCAGAAUUUCGAUACAUUUGUGAAAGCUUUGUUAACCGUGUUUCAGAUAUUGACUGGAGAAGAUUGGAAUAUGAUUAUGUAUGAUGGAAUUCGUUCUCAAGGUGGUGUUAACAAUGGGGGAUUCGUCUACUGCAUUUAUUUUGUCCUUUUAGUACUAUUUGGAAACUAUACCCUGUUAAAUGUAUUCUUAGCUAUUGCAGUAGAUAAUUUAGCUAAUGCUCAAGAGUUAACGGCUGCAGAAGAAGAGGAACAACGUUUAGCGGACGAGUUAGCCGAAAGGCAAGAACAGAAUAAAGAAACUUCAACCAGUGAUUCAAACCAAUCACAUAGAAUUGUAGUGGAUCAAGUUAAUGAAAGAAAAUAUUCAGGGGUAGUGGAAUAUGGGAAGUAUCUAACAGCUCAAAUGGAAAACAAGUUCUGUGAUAACUAUAGCACAAUGCAGAAGUUUCAAACAGACAUAGAAUUAGGCAGAGAACAGGAGCCACAGGCAAAUCAAGAAACAUCAACACAACAUCAGUCAUACGGAAAGCCGAUACUUCCUUACAGUUCAAUGUUUAUAUUUUCUUCAACAAAUCCUGUUAGACGCUUCUGUCACUUUGUAGUCAAUCUACGCUUUUUCGACCUGUUCAUUAUGAUUGUAAUUGUAUCUAGUAGUGUUGCAUUGGCUGCCGAAGAUCCAGUUAGCGAAAAUAGCAUAAGAAAUUGUCUACUCGAAUACUUCGAUCAUGCCUUCACUUGUGUAUUUGCUAUCGAAAUGCUGUUGAAACUAAUUGAUCUUGGUGUUUUUCUUCACCCAUAUUCGUAUUGUCGGGAUACAUGGAAUUUAUUGGAUGCAGCUGUAGUGAUUGGUGCCCUAAUAUCAUUUUUUCGAGCUUAUACACUGAAGGGGAAGGCAGCGCAUGGAAGUAGUAAAAAUUUGAGUACAAUAAAAUCACUACGCGUUCUUCGAGUGCUGAGACCUUUAAAGACUAUUCGGAGAGUACCUAAGUUGAAAGCAGUCUUCGACUGUGUGGUUAGUUCUCUGAAGAACGUUUGCAUAAUUCUAGUUGUGUACAUAUUAUUCCAAUUUAUAUUCUCUAUCGUUGCAGUUCAGUUAUUUCAGGGGAAAUUUUUUUAUUGCAAUGAUUUGUCAAAGCUAACAAAAGAUGACUGUCAAGGUUACUUUUUUUCCUAUGAUGACAGUCUUGUGCCUGUUGUAAAAGCUCGGGUAUGGAGUUCAAGAGAUUUCCAUUACGAUAAUGUAAUAACAGCUAUGCUUACACUUUUCACCGUAACAACGGGGGAAGGAUGGCCUGGCAUUCUAAAGAAUUCAAUGGAUGCUACAGAAGUAAACCAUGGACCGGUAGAAGAUCAUAGUCAACAGAUGGCAAUUUUCUAUAUUAUAUUUUUUAUCGUUUUUCCGUUUUUCUUUGUAAAUAUCUUUGUGGCCUUAAUUAUCAUUACUUUUCAAGAACAGGGUGAAAAUGAAUUAGUAGAUCACGAACUAGAUAAAAACCAAAAACAGUGCAUUGAAUUUGCAAUCAAUGCAAAACCCUUGUGUAGAUAUAUGCCCAGUAACAUUGCAUCAACAAAAUACAGAAUAUGGAGACUGGUUGUCUCAAGUCCAUUUGAAUAUUACAUUAUGACAAUGAUCGCACUGAACACUUUAAUACUUAUGAUGAAGUAUUAUCGACCAGACUAUACAGAUGCUAAUAUGGGUAUUCCUGACUGGGAAACACAAAAAUAUCAAAAUUAUUGUAGUACAUUAGUGUAUUUGAAUACAGCAUUCACAGCAAUGUUUACAAUGGAAUGUUUGCUUAAAUUAAUUGCAUUUGGACCAAAGAGUUACUUUCGGGAUUCUUGGAAUACAUUUGAUUUUAUUACUGUAGUUGGUAGUAUAACAGAUGUACUUGUUUCUGAACUGCACGAUUCUUCAUUUCUUAAUCUAGGUUUUUUAAGACUUUUUCGUGCAGCUCGUCUAAUCAAGUUAAUCAGACAAGGUUAUACUAUUCGAAUACUUUUAUGGACAUUUAUUCAAUCAUUUAAAGCACUACCUUAUGUAUGCCUCUUGAUCACAAUGCUCUUCUUCAUUUAUGCUGUAGUAGGAAUGCAAAUAUUUGGUACGAUCGCUAUAAAUGAAGCUGAAGGACAAAUUACAAGUUAUAAUAACUUUCACAGUUUUCCUUAUGCAGUCCUUUUGUUAUUUCGUUGUGCUACAGGUGAAUCAUGGCAGGAGAUAAUGCUUGCUUGUACUUAUGGACAAGAAUGUGUAAAUCGUUCAGCAAACAAUUGUGGAAGCAACGCAUCUUAUGCAUAUUUUGUAUCUUUUAAUUUUUUCUGUUCAUUUUUAAUGCUCAAUUUAUUCGUCGCUGUAAUUAUGGAUAAUUUUGAUUAUUUAACAAGAGAUUCAUCUAUACUGGGAUCUCAUCAUUUAGAUGAAUUCAUUCGUGUAUGGGCUGAAUACGAUCCAGGUGCAAAAGGGAGGAUACAUUAUACAGAAAUGUAUGAAAUGUUGAGAAAAUUAGAACCACCUGUGGGAUUUGGUCAAAACUGCCCAUACAGACUUGCAUACAAGAAACUAAUUCGGAUGAAUAUGCCUGUAGAUAGUGCAGGAACAGUGCAUUUUACGACUACACUUUUCGCUUUAGUCCGUGAAUCAUUAGGCAUUAAAAUGGCACCAGCUGAAUUUAUGGAUACUAAAGAUGCAGAAUUACGUGAAACUAUUAAAACUCUAUGGCCAGUACAAGCAAAGAGAUCUUUGGACCUGCUAUUACCGCCAGAUUCAGAGUAUACAUUCACUCGUUUAACUGUUGGCAAAAUAUAUGCGGGACUACUGAUUUAUGAGAAUUGGCAGUUGAAUAAGUCAAGUGGAAAUAAAGGCAGUUUACACCAAUUGAGUACUAAACCUAUACUUGAAGCAUGUUUAACUCAAAUGUUAGGACAUGAUCCAUUUCACAGUAGCGGUCGUUUACCGAACCCUAGUACAGAACAUUCACGUUAUGGUAGCAGAAUAGAUCUUCGAUCAGUUAGCAAUAUGGAAAUCGAUCAUAUGGCUACGGAGCAUAAUCACAAGGAUGUUGCUACAAAAUACAAAACUCAUGCAAAUGAACUAAGAGAAAAGUUAAUUCAGACUAAACAACAGCAACUGAAAGAUGAAAAUAGUCUGGAUAAAAUAGUUAAAAACAAUAGGAACACUGAGAUCACAAACAACAACAAUAAUAAUAAUGCCAGACAAAACUAUCCGAAUAUUGUUAUAUCACCAGCUGAGAAGUAUGAUAAAACACCAUAUAUUCAACAAGGUGAUAUGCAUGAAGAUGUAAAUGUUACCAGUGGGAAUGAUGAUGUGGAAGGCGAUAAUGAGAGAGAUGCGCAGUUAACAGACAGUUAUAUAUUGAGAAAUUCAGACAAUUCUUUGACCACUACAACAAGUACAGAUUACAUAUACUAUCCUGAUUCAUAUCAUCAAUAUAGACUACAAAAUUCCACUGCAACACCACAGGUCCAUCGAAAUCCUCAAGUUAAUAAGAUUAAAGUCUAUACAGAUAUGCCAUAUGGAACAGCAGUUUAUCGUAAUAAUAAUAAUACUGAUACUGAGAAUACAGACGAGAAUAAUAGGCAUUUAAUUCCAAGUAGUAAUCAAAAGUUAAUCUUCUAUCCUCAUCCACCUGAAACAGAUAAUCAGUAUUCAACGAUAGAUCCAAUGUUUAGGAAACUUAGAAAACUCAGUGAGAACUAUUCACGUAAAGGAAUAGAAAGAAGAGGAUAUGACCAUUCAUUUGGAAAGUAUAAACUCAAUCCUUAUCACCAGCAACAUACAAAUCUGUCAAAUUUAGAUUUCGCAGAAGCAGUACAUACAUUGGUUACGCAAGCUAACGUUAUGGCCAAAAGAAACAGGAUUAAUAAAUAUUUGCGUCGAAGUGUCAAAGAUGUGGAUUGGGAUACAAUUUCAUUUCACCGAGUUAAUAUGAGUCCUCGAUCAAGCAAUCGUAGCAUAAGGUAUUAUAGAACUGGUACAUCAAGUCCGCAUAAAUACAAAAGAGAUGUAGGUGAUGAAAGUGACAUACAUUACAGAAAAUUUAGCACGAAUCCACCAAACCAACUUUUGACAGAUCCACAUUAUUUGCACAGAUGUAUUCCAGUAAGAGAUGAUGAAAUUGAAAAAGACAAUUCUUUGAACGAACAGUUUCGUAUUUCUGAUUUAGGUUAUCUUCAAGAUAAUCUCUCAGUCUACGAGGAUGCAUACAACCGGGAUCACAUACACAUGGAAAGACCUGCAUCUGUUCAUGAUAUAUUUCAGCUGAGUGACAUUAAAUACAAGGAGUACAAAACAAUGAAUUCUGAAAAUAUUCUAGAUAAUCCGACAAAUACAUUUUCACACUUACCUAAAGUAGGACCUCGUGUUCAAAGUGAAAAAGAUCUAAAUCUUAUUAACAGUAGAUUGUACAAUCUCAAUACAUCAAAUGUCUUAGGUCAAACCACAAAAAUAAUAGACAAAAACAUUGAAUUUCCCUGCUUACUGAAGUCACCCACAUCCAGUAACGAUAAAAAGUAUCCCAGAAAGCAUUACAGGACGUGUUCAUUAACUUUUUAUCCAAUCCCACCACCGGAAACUUCUUUUAGCCAUUCACCUGAUCCAACUGUUAAUGCUGUUGAUAAACAUUUAAAGCAGAAAUAAAGAAAAUAUUUUACGAAAUAACUUUCUUUUCAAUUUCGAAGUCUUUAUAGAAAUAAACUGAGAUAUGAUUAAAAAACAUCUGUAUAUGAUCAAAAGCAUAUUCACGAUACUCAAGGUUAACAGAUAUACAGCCCUACCACUGUCUAAAGUCAUAUGGCAACUAUGAUCAUAUAAGUCAUUCUCACACUUCUUGAUUAUAGUAGUACAUCAAGUAGAAAACCCUUCAUGGAUAAUGUAGUAAACCAUUCAAUUGAAACUUAUCAUGAGAAAUAACCCCUCAAACGAGGUUCAUUGAAUAACCACAACCUGAUGGUUAACCCAUAAGCAAAUCUCAGUUACCAUCUGCUGAUGUUCAAAAUACAGCAAAAUAAGGAAACAGUACAAUUUAGACACCGUGAUAGAAUGUAAUUCCAUAUUAGAUAAGGUUAUUUUAUAUAACACAUAGUGAUACAGUAUCAAUUACUGGAAAAUAUUCCCAACACAAUUUAAUUGCUUACAGUCAUAUCAAUUUAUUCACACAAAUUAAUAAACCUGUUUUAUGUAGUCUAAGUCCCCAUUGGUUUUUAUUGCAAUUUCCCAUUUAUCCAGUACAGGCGUAGCUUCAUUUAGAUUCCACGUGUAUGAUGUUCAAUCGAUAAACACAGAUUCAGUGAUUAACCUCUGUCUCCCCACCUGAUUAUGUUACUUCUUAAUACUUCCCCCUAGUCCCACUCUAUUAGCAUGGCAUUCAAGUGAAUUACCGAGUUGUUUUUUAGAUUAACAGGGUCAAUCAUCCUGGCUUCAGCUAAAUUCCUAUUUUCCAAUGAUUUAAUUGCCCUCUAUCUACUAGCUUGACCUAUGUAAUUGACUUCACAUUAAUUACAUGGCAUUUCGUAAACCAACCAUCCGGUUGUCGUUUUAUUUUACAGUUUAGUAUAACUAAAUCACCCUGUUGAAAUUCUAACUUAAGUGAAUUGGAAUCCAUUUCUUAAUGAGUUAAUAUGUGUUACGAACUUGAAGAUAUGUUCAGAUUUCAACACAUCGGAGAUGUCAUCGAGAUAUAUUCACCACAACUUAGCAGCAGCAUUAAACGUUCUUACAGAUUUACGUGGGUUAAAUACUAGCAUCUAUGGGGAACCGACACAUUCUAAUAAAUACUUGGACUUUGAUUAAUUCCAUACAGAAUCGGUAAAGGCAGGUCUAGUUAAAUGUUUAUAUAAUGGAGCCAUAAACCUAACUAGCAGGUCGGAUUCAAAUAAUGAAAUCAAACACCUAAGGAAAACAUUACUAGUAAUUAACUACCCACCCAGAUUUAUUCGAAAAUAUAUGAAAACACACAAGAUAAAAUGUAAAUAAUAAUGAAAAUUUCAUAAAUUUGGUUCUCUUGAUAAAUUUUCUUUCUCCCAAUUAUUAGUACAGUUACGAUUUUAGAGUCAAUACCUAGUUCUAGUGAAUAGUCAUCAACUGCCCACUUCACAUUUAUAUUAAGAUAGAUGUAGUAGGUUUACAGACAAGCUGUUCAGAAUGAUUAAUUCAAAUAACUCUUAGUCAAUGUACAUUAUUACUGACAGUAGAAAAUUAAAUGCUGAUAAUUAUGUAUUUGAAAAAAUGUCUGUCUGUUUGUCUCCGUCUGUUUUCGACAUAGAACUUUGCACAUAUGUGCGGCAGUUAAAGUCGCCACA